AAAAUAAAAGAAAUAAAUAAUAUUUUUGGUCAGAGCAACAUCAAAUGCACGCCAUGAUCCACGGUGGUUUACCCUAAAAAUUCCGCGAGUACAGGUUGUUGUAAAAUCGAAAUUGGCCUUCUCAACUGUCCAAAUGACUUUCUAGUUUCUAGGGAAAGAACUUGUGUAGCACAACCCUUUAAGACCUCUCACACCCCCACCCUCCGACAUUUCACCGUAUAUCUUUGAGUAAUCACACAGCUGCCUCACUCAUUAUCUUUCUUCAUAUCUUAUUUUGUUUGCUUUUACACACCCAUGGCCGACGCCGACCUCAAAAUCGACGGCAACACCCUGGCGGCCAUGUGCCUCGCCCGUGCCGGCGUCGACAAGAUGUUCGGGGUCGUGGGCAUCCCCGUCACCUCCCUCGCCAACCGGGCCGUGGCCCUCGGCAUCCGCUUCUUCGCCUUCCACAACGAGCAGUCCGCCGGCUACGCGGCCUCCGCCUACGGCUACCUCACGCGCCGCCCCGGCGUCCUCCUCACCGUCUCCGGCCCCGGCUGCGUCCACGGUCUCGCCGGACUAUCCAACGCCGCCGCCAACGCCUGGCCUAUGGUCAUGAUCUCCGGCUCCUCGGACCAGAGCCUUGCCGGCCGCGGGGACUUUCAGGAGCUCGAUCAGAUCGCUGCCGUCAAACCCUUUUCCAAAUUCUCCGCCAGAGCCACCGACAUAACCCGGAUCCCCGAAUCCGUCUUCAGCGUGGUCGAUUGGGCCCUUGCUGGGCGCCCCGGAGGGACGUACUUGGACCUCCCCUCCGACGUCCUCCAUCAAACCCUAGACGAGGCCGAGGCCCAGAGACUGAUAACCCAAGCCUUCAAUUCCAGAAACAAAGAUCUAAUGGAGAAGCCGAAAAUAAAUCAUUCCCAAAUCCAGAAGGCCGUGGAGUUACUGAGAACUGCGGAGCGGCCUCUCAUUGUUUUUGGAAAAGGGGCUGCCUAUGCGAGGGCUGAAAAUGAGCUGACGAAACUAGUGGAGACCACUGGAAUUCCUUUCCUUCCCACGCCAAUGGGGAAAGGGCUAAUCCCCGACACACACGAGCUGGCUGCCACGGCCGCACGGUCGCUCGCCAUUGGCAAAUGUGAUGUGGCCUUAGUGGUUGGGGCCCGCCUCAACUGGCUCCUGCAUUUUGGGGAGUCCCCAAAGUGGUCCGAGGACGUGAAAUUCAUACUCGUAGAUAUAUCGGAGGAUGAAAUCAAGCUGAGAAAGCCGUUUUCAGGCAUAGUGGGUGAUGCGAAAGACGUUGUUGGAGUAAUGCAUAAGGAGAUAAAGGAUAAUCCCUUUUGUUUUGGGAAAACUCAUCCUUGGGUGGAGUCUGUGAGGAACAAGGCAAAGGAUAACAUGACCAAAAUGGAGGUCCAGCUGGCAAGAGAUGUGGUCCCUUUCAAUUUCUUGACGCCCAUGAGGAUCAUCAGGGAUGCGGUCCUGGGUGUGGGCCAGCCGGCCCCUGUUUUGGUCUCGGAAGGGGCCAACACGAUGGACGUGGGACGAGGGGUGCUCGUUCAGACGGAGCCUAGAACGAGGCUGGAUGCCGGGACUUGGGGGACGAUGGGUGUCGGGCUUGGCUACUGCAUUGCUGCUGCUGUGGCAUCGCCUGAUAGACUCGUGGUGGCAGUUGAAGGUGACUCCGGAUUUGGGUUCAGUGCCAUGGAAGUUGAGACUCUAGUUCGAUAUCAGUUGCCAGUGGUAGUCAUAGUCUUCAACAAUGGCGGGGUGUAUGGUGGUGAUAGGAGAAACCCUGAAGAAAUGAGCGGGCCAUAUAAACACGAUCCUGCACCCACGUCCUUUGUGGCUGGAGCAUCCUAUCACCUUCUUAUUGAAGCUUUUGGUGGGAAAGGCUACCUUGCUUCAACUCCCGAUGACCUCAAAUCUGCACUCCAACAAUCUUUCUCCGCAAGGAAGCCCACCGUCAUAAAUGUGACUAUUGAUCCAUAUGCUGGGGCAGAGAGCGGUAGGCUGCAGCACAAAAACUGAGCCUGCCAUGUAAUCAAAUGUACAACACAAUCUGGGGUAAAGCAGAUAAUGAAUUACCAAAUGAAGUAAUAAGCUUUAUGUUUGCGACAUUACGAAAUGUUUGGUAUGUAAUAUGUUGAUCGGACCGGACCAUCUAUUGUAGCUAUUUCUGUGGGUUUGGAUGCUGAUGGUGAUGAUUAAGUUCCACGGUAAUAAGGUCAGACGAGUGUACUUUUAUGAAGGCCAAAUGUGCUCCAUGUGAUGUUCUCUGUAAAGUGCAAUAAGAUUAUACUUUCUUUAUAAUAAAUACUUGUACGAUAUUUAUGAAACGGGGUUGAAAA